AUGUCUUCAAAUAAUGCUACGCUCAAUACAGUUAUCGAUCAGGUGGAAUGGAUCGAACGUAUAAUUGGUGAUUUUAUCGUUUCUGUAAAAGAUCAUGUAAGUAAACUUGCUGUGCAAGGUGAAAAAACUUUUGGAUCAUUCGAAGAUCGUUUUUCAAAAGGAAGUGAAAAUUUGAAUGCAGCAGCAGCUACAGCUUAUCAAAAAUGUGAAAGUCUACCCUCACUGAUAACGAUAAUCGUCUUUUUGAUUGCUGCAGGAAUUGUUGUAAUUAUAUCAUUGCUUUUUUUGCUUACUAAAUGUAUUCAUAGAGUUGUUUAUCAUCAUUAUAUCAGAGUACGAGGAUCAAAGGUACAUGCACAAAAACUAAUUUGUGAAUAA